AUGGGAAGAUGGUCGAACUUCGUGGAGAGCGGCGCCCGGCCCGGUGACGAGGACGCGGAGUACCGGCCGACCCGGAAGCUGCGCGAACAGCGCAAGGACGCCGGCGGAGGGUCACACGCGCUGAAUGGGCGCGAGAUCGGCGCGAUCCUGGCGCUGAGCGGGGCGGUUGCCGCGGGGUGGGCGGCGCGCAGGACGUGGCCGAAGGUCGGCGCGUGGUUCGGGUCCAGGCGGGACGCGAAGCAGACGCCGGCGCAGAUGGCCGCGGCGGCCGCGGAGAGGCGCGCGGCGGGGGAGGCCACCCCGGCUCCCCCCGCAAGCGGCGACGGGUCGUCAAAGAAGAAGAAGAGCCGAAACAAGAAGAAGAGCGGCAAGAAGCGGUGA